AUGCUGCUCAGCAAGGCUUUAUUCGCGAGUGCGUCGCUCAUCACUGGUGCCCUUGCACAAACAAGAAUCGCCUUCCAGAGCGUCCCUGCAGUUGCAGUUACCGGUCAAACCUACAAUGUCACCUGGGGAGGUGGUGAUGGAACAGCCGUGACGAUCACCCUUAGGAAGGGUAAUCCAGACGACCUGUCAACAAUUGGAAUUCUCGGUGAAGGUAUCACAAAGGACUUCUUCGAUUGGGAGGUCGCCAGAACUCUCACACCCGACGACGACUAUGCUUUGCAAAUCACGCAGGGACAGGACGAGAUCAACUACUCGGGCCUAUUCUCCAUUGUCGCUGGUAACGGCACCUCAUCUAAUUCUACGUCCACCAACGCCCCUGGCAAUUCCACCGCCAGCAUUACCGCCACCAGCAACCUCUCCGCAGGCACGGGUACUGCUCUCCCGCGAAAUACCACCUUCAGGUAUGAAUAG